AUGGCUUCUUUAAAUCCAGAGUUAUCACCAUCAGAAGACUACUGGAUAUGGCUUCCAAAAGACCUUUGGUGUUUGAUUCUUAACAAGUUGUUUCUGGUUGAUUUAAUCCGAAUUGGUGCCGUAUGCAAACAAUGGCGUGCUCUUCUUCUAGAUCAUAAGAAGAACCUCAACCAAUGGCCAAUGCUAUUGGUUCCCACCAAAAGUGGCGACCAACAAUACUGCAAACUCUACAAUGUUUUUUAUCACACUAUGUAUGAUUGUCGAUUGCCUCUUCCUUAUACUCAGAGGUGUUGUGGCUCUUCACAUGGUUGGUUGGUCCGAGCCGAACAAGAUUUGUCCAUCACACUAAUAAACCCUUUCUCAGGUAAGACCAUAUCUCUUCCACCUGUUACCGAAGUCUACAGUGGAUAUAGAGAUGGAGAGGCUAUAUUUGUGCCUGACUUUCACAUCCGUAAGGUUAUAUUAUCAGAUGAUCCGUCUCAAAAUCCCAACAAUUACGUAGUUGUCACAAUUUAUAGUGAUAUACCUAGGGUGGCAUUCAUAAGAUCAGGUGAUCAGUCCUGGACUUAUGUCGGGGAGAAAAAACCUAUUAAAGACAUUUAUUUUUAUAAAGGUCAGCUCUAUGCUUUGGAUGGUUACAACUCACUCUUGAAGAUCAACACUGAUAAUAAUAUUAUUAGUAGUAGUAGCAGCAGUGAUUCGCGUUAUGAAAUUGUUGUGCCACGGUGUCUAAAUUUCUGUCAUAAGCCAUAUCUGGUGGAGUCAUCAAAUGGAGAUUUACUGAUGGUUCAGAGGCAUCACUGGAAGAGAAAAGGGUCGGUGCACUUGGACGUGACGGUGGGGUUCAAGGUUUACAAGCUUAUGAUGCAUCCAAGUGGGGAGGAGGGGGAGACGGAGUGGGUUCGAAUUGAUGGCUUGGGUGAUGAUGCAUUAUUCUUGGGGGAUAACCACACCAUUCGCAUUGUGGCUUCAGAUAUUCCAAAUUGCCAACCUGAUUCCAUAUACUACACAGAUGAUUAUUGUGACAGGUUUCACCAUCUUCCAUACGAAGCUCGUGAUAUGGGAGUCUUCAACUUUAAGGGUGGAAGCAUUGAAAGACAUUACAUCCUGGAUGCUUCCCACCAGUACAUGCCUCCCGCAGUAUGGAUUAUGCAUAAGCUUAUGUGA